AUGUGCGACUUCAUCCCCCUCAUCUUCACCUGCGGGUGCGACCGCCAACUCUCGCAGGAAAGCGGACAGGCGCACAUCUGCCCAAGGUGCCAUAACGGCACGGUUUUCCCAACGAAAGAGCGGAACUGCUUCACCUUCUGCUUCGUCCCCUUGAUCCCCCUCGGCUCGUCCCACAUCUACCACUGCUCGACCUGCCAAUGGGAAGCCUCUCAAUCCGGUCCCGCGCCACCCGUAGCCCCUCAACCAGGCGGCUUCUACGGGCCUGGACAGAUGGGAGGAGCACCGGGGUACGGCGGAGGAGGGUAUGGAGGGGGACAGGUUCCGAUGGGUGGGUAUGUGCCGCAGCAGGGGAUGGGGUAUCCUCAACAACAACCUCCGCAAGGCGGGUACCACUAG